AACAUUACCCGGAAAAUUUAUCAAAGUAAAGCAGAGCAAGAAAAGAACAAUGGGAAACAGCCAGUCACCUCCUGCAAAUCCUCGUUUCACUUCAGCUUCCAGAUCUUUUACACCAAAGGAACUGGAGGAUCUCAAAUCACUGUUCGCUUCCCUGGCUGCCCAGUCACAGAGCAAUGGUCAAUAUAUAUCUUCUUCUGUCUUUCAGGUUUGCUUUGGAUUAAAAGGUCCUCUCGGAGACAGAAUGUUUGAUUUGGCCACACAGGGAAGGAAGGACGAUAAGCUUACGUUCGAAGACCUCGUGAUCACUAAAGGGACUUAUGAGAAAGGGACAAAUGAUGAGAUUGAGGAGUUUAUUUAUCGAUUGUUGGAUGUUACAAAUGAUGAAAUUUUGACAAGGUCUGAUCUAGAAUCUGUUCUAAUCACAAUGUUUGAUCAUAUAUUCCACCUGAAAGGUUCUGGAUCAGGAUCAAGAUCGAAUUGCUACAUGGUAGACGAAUUUCUGAAUGCUGCAACUUUCUCAAAGGAUCAUGAGGGAUGUAAUGAUAAAAGUAUGUCUUUUGAGGAUUUCAAAAGCUGGUGUUCUCUUGUACCAUCUGUGAAGAAGUUCCUUGCGAGCCUAUUUGUGCCACCAGACCCAGGGAGACUGGGAUCUCAGGUUCCUAAAUUGCAGCAUUUGGAGAAUAUUGAUUCUAGUAUAUUCUUACUAAGAGAUGAAUAUGCUUGGCAUAUAGGAGGAGCUCUAUCUCAAGAAGAGCUAGAGGAAUGGAAACUUUUGUAUCAUAGUGCAUUAAAUGGCUCAAGUUUCAACACAUUCUUGGGCAAUGUAUCGAGUGAAUGGGUAAUUGUUCAAUUGAACUGCAGAAACAAUGAUGGGCCAACUGUCUUGAUUAUUAAGGAUAGAGAAGGUUACAUAUUUGGAGGUUAUGCUUCUCAGCCUUGGGAGAGGCAUAGCAAUUUCUAUGGGGACAUGAAGUCUUUUAUCUUUCAGCUCUACCCGAAGGCAUCAAUUUUCAGGCCAACAGGUGCAAAUAGUAAUUUGCAAUGGUGUGCUGUGAACUUCAGUUCAGAGGCAAUCCCAAAUGGUUUUGGUUUUGGAGGACGCAUUAAUCACUUUGGCCUGUUCCUCUCAGCAAGCUUUGAUCAGGGGCAUACCUUUUCCUGUACCACUUUCAAUAGCCCUUGCCUUUCAAAGACCAGCCAAAUAUGCCCAGAGGUGAUAGAAUGCUGGGGAGUUGUUAGAAAAGGAAUGGAACACGAAAAGCAAGAUGUUGUAAAGGGUACAGUGUUAGAAAGGUUUAAGGAGGACAGGCAUAUGCUCAACAUGGUUGGGAUUGCAAAUGCCAGCGAGUAGUCUGGGAGGCUUUCCAACAUUGCAUGCAUUUUUUAGAUGGUCUUGACAAUCUAAAAAAUUCUUAUAACUAAAUGAUGAAGGCACUGUGGCCUGUACUGUAGAAUUUUUUGAUUCUACUUUGCAAAAGGUGUGUAUUACUGGAUGCAGUAUAUGUUGCCACUGAUGGUGAUCACCGCCUUUGAAAGGGUGUAAUGCUAUUGGCUCAUGGAAAUCUGGUUUCAAAAUAAAAUGCAUAGAAGAAGAUUGAGAACCAACUACCCUUUUUUAUUGUCAA